CCGAGAACAGUUUAGAUGCGCAUGCGCAGGGCUGUCUGGUCUGGGAGGGGAGAAUGCGGAAUGCACACUGCGCAGCGCUUGUGCACGAAUAUUCGGUCUGCAGCAGGUUUUAGGAGGGGAGGAAUGCAGAGUGGAAAUUGAAACUAAAUAUUAAGUCAGGAUCUGAGAGAGCCACUUGAUACACCACAGCCUGAACAUCAUCAGCUUUCAAAUGUAGAAGGAGAAAUAUUUAUCUGUUCUGUCUGUGGGAAAAGAUUUCAAACAUCAGCAUGACUAAAAAUACUGAGACACGUGCAUCCAAGAGAGAAUGUUGCAAUGAGCUGGCUGUGCAAAGAGCCUUCUCCAGUUAUCCAGCCUGAAAAAGCAUUGGCCCAUUCACAGUGGUGAGAAAGCUUAUUCUUGUUCAGAGUUUGGGUGCAUUUAUAAUUAGCCAUCAAACCUGGAGAAAUACAGUUACCCCAUGGAGAAACCGUGGAAGUGCAGGAGCCGUGGGAAGGGGUUCAAUUAUUUGUCCAAGGUGAAAACUCAUCAACGCAGUCACAUUGGAGAGAAAUGCUGCAAAUGUGGGGACUGUGGGAAGGGAUUCAAUUACCCAUCCCAGCUGGAAAUCCACAGACACAGUCACACUGGGGAGAGAUCUUUCACCUGUGCUGUGUGCAGGAAGGGAUUCAGAGAGUUAUCCAAACUCCACAUCCACAUGCGAGUUCACACCGGGGAGAGGCCAUUCCCCUGCUUGAUGUGUGGGAAGCAAUUUACACAGUCAUCCAGCCUGCUGAUGCACCAACGUGUUCACACUGAUAAGAGACCUUUUAAAUGUCCAGAGUGUGAGAAGAGUUUUAAAAGCAGAAGUGAGAUGCUGACGCACCACCGCACGCACACUGGAGAGAGGCCAUUCACCUGUUUUGAAUGUGGGAAGGGAUUCACUCAGUCAUCCACCUUGCGCAAACACCAGGAUGUUCAUAAUGGAGAGAGACCAUUUGUCUGCUCUGUGUGCGGGAAGGGAUUCACUCAGUCAGCCAGUUUGGUGGAGUACCAGAGAGUUCACACGGGGGAGAGGCCAUUCAUCCGCUCUAUAUGCGGAAAGGGAUUCACUCAUUCAUUCAAUUUGCUGAGACACCAGCACAUUCACACUGUGUCAAAACAAAUGUGUAAUCAUGGCCAGCACGGGUCUUUCAAUGGCAGCGUCUAUACCCAUCGUUCAUCGGGGUGAGGAAGGUUCGCUAUCUUUUGCACUGUAAGACACAGUGCGCUUGCGUGAAGCUGCACAUGCGCAUGAUACCUUUUGUAAAUACCUUUCUCCUGGAAACUGUAAGGGGAUGAUGUGCAGACAGGAGACCCAAACCAAAUCUCAUGUCAAGAUCAGAGAGAACUACUUGUCAGAACCUUGAUAUGAUUGGCCUUUGAAUGAGUAAGGACAAAUGGUUUUCUGUGGGAGAAGAUUACAAACAUGAACCUCACUGGAAGCACAUUGAGCUGAGAGUGUUCCACUGACUGUGGGAAGACUUUGAACUGGGUUGGACAGCUCGAAGGAACAUUACAGUGUUGCCAGCUGGAGAAGCAGUUGAUGUGUCCUGUGUGUGGAUGAUCUUCAAUUGCUCAUUCAACCUGGAGAAACAAGAGGACUGUGGCACCACGAAGAAACUGUGGAAAUGUGAGGACUGCAGUAAAGAAUUUAAUUAUCCAUCCCUGCUGGAAAACCACUGAUGCAGCCACACUGGGGAGAAGCUGUUCAUCCGCUCUGUGUGCGGGAAAGGGUUCACUAAAUCAUCUUGGCUCAUGUUUUACCAACAAAUUCACACCAAGGCGAGACUGUUCAGUUGCACUCACUGCGAGAAGAGAUUCAAGCAGUUGUCAUCCUCACUUCACACCAGUGACUUCACACCGGGAAAAGCCAUUUACCUACUCUGUGUGCAGAAAGGGAUUCACUCAUUCCUCCGGCCUUUGGUCACACCAGCAGAUUCACACCGAGGAGAGGAGGUUCAGCUGCAUUCACUGUGAUAAGAGGUUCCGAUAGUCAUCUGAGCUCAGUGUACACCAGUGAGUUCUCACCUGGGAGAGGCCGUUCCAUGUGUGGGAAAGGAUUCAGUCAGCCAUCCACCCUCCUGGCAUAUCAGCGAACUCACACCGGAGAUAAACUGUUUGGCUGCACCCGCUGUGCAAAGAGGUUCAAGAGUUCAGCGGACCUCAGGGCCCACGAACAUGGUCAUACAGGGCGAAAGCCAUUCACUUGCUCUGUGAGUGAGAAGGAAUUCCUCCAGCCUUCUGCAACACCAACACAUUCACACCUAGGAGAAGCUCUUCGACUGCAAUUCCUGUGGGAAGAUGUUCAGGGAGUCAUCCACCCUCACUACACACCAGUGCACUCACACUGGGGAAGAGGCUGUUCACCUGCUUUGUGUGCAGGAAGGGAUUCAAUCAGUCCGACAGCCUGCAGGUCCAUGAACAUGCUCACACCGGAGAGAGAGUAUUCACCUGUGGUAUGUUGGAAAAGGAUUCAUUCAGUCCUGCUAUCGACUGACACACCAUGAAAGUAAGGACAAUCAAUCUGCAGUUGUGCUGCAAAAAGACAAGCUCCGGCCUGUGGGAUACUAAUCAGGCGGGAAUCCAUUCUGGAUAACUGGAAGGUUAUAAACGUAAUCCGAUGAUCAAAGAAGGGAAGAAGGGGGAGAGUGAUGACUACAGACCAGGUAACUUAUCUUUGCAGAAGGGAAUCUGUUGGAAUUAAUUAUAAAGUAUGUGAUAUUGGAUAUUUAGAAAUUAAUAGCAAAAUUGAAGAAAAUGAUAACACAUUUAUGAAAGGAAAAUCAUAACUGACAAACUUAUUUUUGGGAUUAUUUGAAGAUGUUUUUGUAGACAUAAAUAAUGGAGAACCAGUGAAUGUGGUAUAGUAGGAUACUAGAUCAUAG